GGCACACACAGACAACCACUACUUCUACUGAGAGAGAACAGCUACAGGAAGGAGUUCUGGGACUUCAACCAGCUGCUGAAACCACAAAGUGAACGUGAGUUUUAUAAGAACAAAGACUCAAAGUGAAAGUAACUUUCGGGAAAAGUUGAAGUGGCUGAGCUGUCAGCCUGCUGUGAUUGAGCCUGCUGUGUUUCCGUCUUCACUCAGAGACUAAAUGGCUUCCAGAUCAGAGGAGGAUCUCUGCUGUCCAGUCUGUCAAGAUAUCUUUAGAGAUCCUGUUGUUCUGUUGUGUAGCCACAGCUUCUGUAAAGACUGUCUUAAGGGCUGGCGGAGAGAGAAACAGACACGGGAGUGUCCGGUUUGUAGGAAAAGAUCCUUGUCUAAACCACAUCUUAGCCUGGUGUUGAAGAACCUGUGUGAGGCCUUCAUACAGGAGAGAGAUCAGAGAUCUUCAGAGGCUCUCUGCAGUCUGCACUCUGAGAAACUCAAACUCUUCUGUCUGGACCAUCAGCAGCCGGUGUGUCUCGUCUGCAGAGAUUCAGAAACACACACCAACCACAGAUUCAGACCCAUCGAUGAAGCUGCACGACAACACAAGAAGGAACUUCAGGAAACUCUGGAGCCCUUAAAGGAGAAGUUAAAGGGUUUUGAACGAGUAAAAGAGGAAUGUGAUAAAACAGCAAAAGUCAUAAAUGUCCAGUCACGACGCACAGAGAUGGAGAUUAAGGAUCAGUUUACGACGCUUCACCAGUUUCUAAAACAUGAAGAGAAGGCCAGGAUUGCUGCACUGAGAGAGGAAGAGGAGCAGAAAAGUCAGAGGAUGAAGGAGAAGAUGGAGGCUCUGAGCAGAGAGAUAGCAGCUCUUUCAGACACAGUCAGAGCCACAGAGGAGCAGCUGAGAGCUGAAGACGUCUCAUUCCUGAUCAACUACAAGGCUGCAGUGGAAAGAGUCCAGCAGCACCCCCUGCUGGAUGAUCCACAGCUGCUCCCAGGAGCUCUGAUAGACGAGGCCAAACACCUGGGCAACCUGAGCUUCAACAUCUGGAACAAGAUGAAGGACGAGGUCUCCUACACUCCUGUGAUUCUGGACCCAAACACUGCUAUGUCAGACUUCAUCCUGUCUGAUGAACUGACCUGUGUGAGAAAACUACUGGGCUCUGAGGGCUUUGACUCAGGGACUCACAGCUGGGAUGUCAAGGUCGGAAACAGUACAUUCUGGGAACUGGGUGUGUUAGCAGAGUCUGUCCAGAGGAAGAGAGACAUUCAGUCUGGAAUAUGGAGCAUAGUGUUCAAAGAAGGUGAAUACUCAGCACAGUCACUACCAGAUCCAGAAACCGAUCUUGAGCCGGACACGCCGCCCCGGAGGAUCCGAGUGACUCUGGACUGGGACGGAGGAAAGCUGUCGUUCUAUGAUCUUUGUACUAACACACACAUACACACCUUCACACACACUUUCACUGAGAAGUUGUUUCCAUUGACUGACACUGAGGAGAACAUGUUUGUUUUACCACUGAAGGUCUGUGUGACUGUAGAACAGAUUAAUGAUUAUGAUGAUUAUGAUGGUCAUGGUGGUUAUGAAGAUUAUGAUGGUAAUGAGGAUGGUGAUGAUGAUGAUUAUCAUUUAAUUAUGGGUUAAAAAAAGAGAAGGGUAGAGAGAAGGGGAAUGACAUGCAACAAAGGGCCGCAGGUCGUAGUCAAACCUGCAGCCGCUGCGUCGAGGAGUAAACCUCUAUACAUGGGCAUCCGCUCCACCAGAAGAGCUAACCAGGGGCCCAGACAUCAGAAAUACAGAAUAACAAUUGGCCCGAUUUUUAUGUAACUUGGUGGAAGAGUGUAGCAUGGACUGAGAAAAACCCAUUACAUUUUGAUCUGAAUCACGGGGCGGAUACACAAAUUAUUUCUGCAUUAACAUUGCGAGCUACAGUGUUUUUGUUGCAUUCAAGUGGUGUAGGAAUUAUUGGAAAAACUAGUUCCUGACUGGGACUAAACUUAUAAAGAAAUACUUAGUGUCGAUUGUUGCUAAGUUAUUCAUCUUGGCAACAAGAUAUGUGGAGUUCCCCAAGGCUCAAGCCUCGGCCCGCUUAUUUUACAUUUACAUGCUUCCAUUAGGCCAAAUUAUACAAACCAACAUCAACUAUGCAGAUGACAAAUUUGGCUUUUUAAGGAGGUCCGCUCUCUCUUCAAGUUUAAGGUUGUUUUUGUUAAUGUCAAAGUUUAUUCUUUUGAACAGACCUAUCAGUACGUUCAUUGAGUUUAGAAGAUAUGCUUGCUCUUGGGGGAAUUAUUGGAAUUGUUGGGUCUAUGUAAAUUAUAGAGUGUGGUCUAGACUUAUUCUAUCUGUAAAGUGAGAGAUAACUCCUGUUAUGAUUUCAUACUAUUACAAUACAAUUGAAUUGAAAAUAAAGAUAUAUUCAGUUGUACAGUUAUAUUCUCUUGGUUUUUAUUUUCUUAAUCUCUUGGCAGUUUAAUGACCUGUUGUGUGUUGUGUUGUACUUUGUCUCAAUAUUUUAAUGUUUAAUGUAACUUAAAACAUAGC